AUGGCGGUUGAUCCAGUUCCUUCAUCCUCCCCUGCAUUUGGGACACCUGCACGUCCAUUCAAAUUGCCUAGAGGGAAUGCGCCUUCCCCCAAAACGUCGAUUUUACCGAUUUUACUCCCUCCUUCAACGCUGCGCCCAGUGGCCUUUCGAACUUUCACUCGCAAACAUAAUCUCACAAUCUCAUCUUCUGCACUUCAAACACUAGCUGUGUUUGUAGGCAAGAACUGUGGUUCAGGAUGGCGCGAGGAAGGCCUAGCAGAGCGAGUCCUGGAUGAGGUUGCCAAGAUAUGGAAAAGAGCCGGCGGAGGUGUGAUUGUCGAGGAUGGAAAAGGAGCAUCCCUGAAAACGAUUCUACAAACCCUUGAGGGUAGUAUGAGUGGUGGAAGGGUUGUUUCUGGAAAAAAGACUUCCCAAGAUGGUUCAUUGAAGAUAUCCAGCCUUGGUUUAGACGAUGGACAAGUUGAAAUGGUUGGUGAUACUUCAAACCCAGGGAUCGCCGAGGAAGACGAUGCGCAACUGUCGCUUCACCCAAGACAUUGGCUUAAGGUGAUCGGCGCCUUUGAUCUUCCACGUUUGACGUAUAAUGUCGACAAGAAAUACUUCGAGGCCACGAAGUCAAAGCCAUCCUUGUUUCCAUCACCGUCUCACAAAACUGCACUGUUUCGAGAUCGAUACAAUCUCGUAUAUCAACGAUUGCUCCGCAAUGAGUCAUUCCAGAGCUCACUGAGUGCUGCUGGUAUCCCUCCACUGCAACGUUCAUCAUCCAAUCUUGCCCAUGGACAAUCCUAUAAACUGACGCCUAUCGCAAACUUGCUAGGCAGAAGUGGAACUUCACAUCUACUCCUAGGAUUGCUUUCAAUUUCCCCCACCGGAGAUUUGUCCUUGGUAGACUUGACCGGGAGUGUAGCAUUGGAUUUGAGCCAUGCUAGAAUGAUACCAGAAGAUGGCGCGUGGUUUGCACCAGGCAUGAUAGUACUUGUCGACGGUAUCUAUGAAGAGGAGGAGAUGGUGCGCGGUGCUGCGUUGGGGGGGGAAUACAGGAAUCGGCGGUGCGAUCGGAGCAACCGCCACGACAGCGGUCAAUUGAGUUCCAGUGGUGGGUUUGGAUGGGUCGACUUUCUCGGAAUGGGCAGUGAACGUGCCCAGGGCGCACGAAUGAGAAGUAUACAGGAAAAAUGCCUGCAAAGAGACCCGGAAGCAGUGGGAACACCAACCAGGCUCAAGAUCGCCAUCAUGGGUGAAGUUAAUCUGGACAACAUGAAGACAUUGGACGCUUUGAAGAAGGUCUUCAUCACCUACAAUGAUCUCUCUCUUCCUGAGCGCCCUCAGGCAUUUGUCCUGAUCGGCAAUUUUGCGCAAAAGGCUAUCAUCAGUGGAGGUGGCCGAGCCGGGAGUAUUGAGUACAAAGAAUAUUUUGACUCGUUGGCGCUGAUUUUAUCCGAUUUCCCAGCAUUGCUACAACACUCGACUUUUGUCUUUGUGCCGGGCGAUAAUGAUCCUUGGGCAUCAGCAUUCUCCGCUGGUGCAGCCUCAACAGUACCGCGGCAACCUAUCCCAGACUUGUUCACCUCUCGGGUUAAACGUGCAUUUGCAUCAGCGAACUCGGAGCAGAGUAGAUCUCAAACCCAGGAGCCUGCUGGUGAUGCAAUUUGGACUUCAAAUCCUACACGCCUUUCAUGGUUUGGGCCAAUCCAUGAUAUCGCCGUAUUUCGCGAUGAUAUCUCGGGCAGGCUGAGACGCAGUGCUGUCAACACUACCCUUGACAAUGACUCUGAUGUUACAAUGCAUGGGUCAUCAAACACGGCUUUUGCCGCGGGCGAGGGCCAGAUAGAUGACAUAGGACAGAGAGAAGGCAACAAAACUGCAGCCGUCUCGCCUGGAGCGUCAAUGGCCCGCAGACUAGUCAAGACGAUAUUGGACCAAGGAACAAUUUCUCCAUUUCCGUUGCCAUUACGGCCUGUCCUAUGGGAUCAUGCCUCCGCCUUGCAACUGUACCCGCUUCCAACCGCACUGGUCCUUGCAGACCCCGAAGCUGCGCCGUUCUGCAUGACCUAUGAGGGUUGUCAUGUCAUGAAUCCUGGACGCCUGCUGCCCGAGGGUGGUGCUCCGAUGGUUAGAUGGGUUGAAUACGAUGUGCUACGCAACCGAGGGAAGAUCAGGGAAGAGCGUUGUUAG